UCUGGAACAGCUGGAUACGUCUAUUCCAAUGGUUACUACAUCAACCACGGCGUUUUUGUUGCUCGUGAGCCUGUGCUCCGCAUUGGAUGAGGUACGAGGAGGCAAUUCCUAUUUUAUUCCGACCAGUACUAUUGUGAUUGCACAAAUACGCAUAAUUUGAUG